AUGGAGAAGAUUGAAAGAGAGGCUCUUGAUUUCAUGAAUGUAAAGUCCUUCUCUCAACUUCCUAUUACCCAACCCGUUAACGAAAAGCCUAUUAGGCUUUUCGGUAAAGAAUUUGGUGGUGGUGGUGGUGAUAGUACUAAUAUAACCACCACGGCCACCAACAUGACUGAAUCUAUCGACAAUAAUCCUUUUCAUGAUGAACCUGAAACAAAUACGGUGAAUCUUGCAAAUUGUGCUGUUAAAGAAAUUCAUAUUGACAAGAAUGUUGAAAUCAUGAGGAAAUAUGAAUGUCACUAUUGUUUUAGGAGCUUUCCAACUUCACAAGCUUUAGGAGGCCAUCAAAAUGCACACAAGAAAGAAAGACUAAAUGCCAAACGACCUCAUCUCCAAUCUUCAAUAGUGCAUGAUCAACCGACCAUUUACGGGAUAAGGAAUCGUCAUCGCCUUGGUGAAGCAACUGCAUCUACAAGAUUAACUCAUCAUCAUUCAACAUGGACAAAUAUUAACAAUAAUACUCCUAGGUUUAAUGGAAAUGACCAUAAUGUUAAUGUGAUUAGUCCUAUAAAUGGAAAUCCAUUCAUGACAUUUUGGCAGAUUCCUCCAACAGUUUAUCACAAUAAUUCUUCUUCUGCUGAUAAUAAUAAUAAUUUAGUUUUUUCUAAUGAUGAUUUGAUUAGGACUCCUCCAAUGGUUAAUGUUAGCACUAAUUGUGAGAGCAAUUUUGUCUAUAAGCCAAAGGGAGAAGUUCAAGAUCAUGUGAGUUUAGAUUUGCACUUGUAA